AUGUGUGAGCGCAGUCUUUACAGAGCGGGCUAUGUGGGCUCGCUUCUGAAUCUGCAGUCUCCCGACUCCUUCUACUUCUCCAACCUGCGGCCGAAUGGAGGCCAGUUGGCCGCGCUUCCCCCCAUCUCAUACCCGCGCGGCGCGCUGCCCUGGGCCACCACGCCCUGCGCCGCCGGCUUCAAGGACGACGCCAAGGGCCCGCUCAACUUGAACAUGACAGUGCAGGCAGCGGGCGUCGCAUCUUGCCUGCGACCUUCGCUGCCCGACGGCCUGCCGUGGGGGGCGGCCCCUGGGAGGGCCCGCAAGAAGCGGAAACCCUACACCAAGCAGCAGAUUGCAGAGCUGGAGAACGAAUUCCUCCUGAACGAAUUCAUCAACCGGCAGAAGCGCAAGGAAUUGUCCAACAGGCUGAACCUCAGCGACCAGCAGGUCAAAAUCUGGUUCCAGAAUCGUCGUAUGAAGAAGAAGCGCGUGGUGCUACGCGAACAGGCGCUGGCGCUGUACUAG